ACAGACACUUGGUAGCUUGGCGCGUGUGUCACAGCGAAGUUUAGUCUGCUGUGGGAUUCAUAGAGAAUCGCUUGCAUAAUUGCGCGUAAAUUUGCUAAACAAAUCUUUGGGUCAAUUUGUUUUCCAAUCAAUUCAGUUGUUGAGACGUGAUCAAGAGAGCGCUUCCAAAAAAUCAGAAAAAUUCCCUGUGCAGAAUAUUAAUUGGCAAAAGUGUCUUUGUAAGUUAUGGCUGAAGUAGCUGAAAUUUCGUAUGAACUGAUAAAGGCAGGGGAAGAGAAAGAAAUCGUUGAGUUUAUUAGAAAUUAUUUUCUCAAGGAUGAACCAUUGAAUAAUUCAUUGGAUUUGGGAGAAUGCAAAGAAUUGGAGAUUUUCUCAACGGAAUCCCUUUGUGAGAAUGUUUCCUUUAAGGCAGUGAGAAAUGGAGAGAUCCUCGGAGUUAUGAUCAAUGGGAUCGUUCACAAACAUUCAGAAGCCCCACAUACGGAUUUUAGUGGCCAUGAAAAAUUCCAAAAAAUCAUCACGUUGUCGGAAAAUUUGGAGCAUCAAUGUGGGAUCUUUGAGCGUUUCCCUGAGAUUGAGAGAUACGUCGACGGGAGGAUUAUGAGUGUUUCAAGUCAAGCUAGGGGCCUAGGAAUUGCUGGGCGUCUUGUUGAGGAAACUCUAUCGCAUAUGGGGAAAGAAAAUCUCCCUCUAAUCUACAUUCAAUGCUCAAGUUUCUACUCAGCUCGUGUUCUCGAGAAGCUGAACUUUGAGGAAAUUCUGAGUCUUCGAUAUGAAGACUACAGAUUGGAGGGAAAGCCUGUUUUCACUCCAGAAAAACCCCAUGAAAACAUAAAGAUAUUUAUAAAACGAAUAUAAUGGAUGGAUGGGCUCUACAGUGAAAAUAUUAUUGGUUUGUUUGGUUAAAAUGCAAUAAAAUUUUAUGAUUGUUAA